UAGUGCUUCGUCAGUUUUUAAGACCUUCCCCCCACAACAUCCAACAUGGCCGAUUACGACCUGACUACGAGAAUUGCUCAUUUCUUGGAUAGACAUCUGGUUUUCCCCUUACUGGAAUUCCUCUCUGUUAAAGAGAUUUACAAUGAAAAAGAACUUCUACAAGGGAAACUGGAGCUUCUUAGUGACACCAACAUGGUUGAUUUUGCCAUGGAUGUAUACAGAAACUUGUACCCUGAAAAGGAAAUCCCACCAACCCUGCGGGAGAAAAGGACUACAGUGGUGGCUCAGCUAAAGCAGUUGCAGUCAGAGACAGAGCCAAUUGUCAAAAUAUUUGAGGACCCAGAAACUACUCGACAGAUGCAGUCCACAAGGGAUGGGCGUAUGCUCUUCGACUAUCUGGCUGAGAAGCACAACUUCCGACAGGAGUACUUGGACACCCUCUACAGAUACGCCAAGUUCCAGUACGAGUGUGGGAACUACUCCGGAGCGGCAGAGUACCUUUACUUCUUCCGUGUUCUGGUGCCUUCAACAGACAGGAAUGCCCUGAGCUCGCUGUGGGGGAAGCUGGCCUCCGAGAUCCUGAUGCAGAACUGGGAAGCUGCCAUGGAGGACCUGACCCGCUUGAGGGAGACUAUCGAUAACAAUUCUGUGAGCUCCCCGCUGCAGUCCCUCCAGCAGAGGACUUGGCUCAUCCACUGGUCCUUGUUCGUCUUCUUCAACCACCCCAAAGGUCGAGACAACAUCAUCGAGCUGUUCCUCUACCAGCCACAGUACCUCAACGCCAUUCAGACCAUGUGUCCACACGUGCUCCGCUACCUGACCACAGCCGUCAUCACCAACAAGGACGUCCGCAAACGCCGGCAGGUCCUGAAGGAUUUGGUCAAGGUCAUCCAGCAGGAAUCCUACACCUACAAAGACCCCAUCACGGAGUUCGUGGAAUGCCUAUACGUGAACUUUGACUUUGACAGCGCCCAGAGGAAGCUGAGAGAGUGUGAGGCGGUGUUGGUCAACGACUUCUUUCUGGUGGCUUGCCUGGAGGACUUCAUUGAGAAUGCGCGUCUGUUCAUCUUUGAGACCUUCUGUCGAAUCCAUCAGUGCAUUAGCAUCAGUAUGCUGGCAGACAAGCUGAACAUGACCCCCGAGGAGGCCGAGAGAUGGAUCGUCAACCUUAUCCGCAACGCUAGACUGGACGCCAAAAUCGACUCCAAACUGGGCCACGUGGUAAUGGGCAACAACGCGGUCUCGCCCUACCAGCAGGUGAUCGAGAAGACCAAGUCGCUGUCCUUCCGCAGCCAGAUGCUGGCCAUGAACAUCGAGAAGAAAGUGGCCCACGCCAACCGAAACGAGACGCCAAAUUGGGCAGGCACGGAGUCUGGAUUUUAUUAGGACGACGACUGAAAACGGACGAUUUUUUUAUUUAUUUUUUUCUCGUCCUUUAGUGUCCCACUACUACACAGCAUUCCCACCCUGACUACAUCCUGUUUUUCCUUCAAAGGAUCCUGAAACUUUCUUUCUUUUUUUUUUUUUUUUUUUUUAAAGAAGGGGAAAAAGGAUAAACUUGGUUCUAGUCAUCUGUUUUUAAAUAAAACAAAAAAAAGCACAACCCUUUACAGAAACUCA